AUGCUCGACACGCUGCGCUCGCAGGGCGCGGGGGGCAAGAAGACGAUGAAGGAGAUUGGCUCGCCCGCAGCCAGCCUAGCGCUGGCGGCCUUGGAGGGCGUGAUGCUGUGCGACAUUGGCGGCGGCAUGAAGAACGAGAUCCGCAUGCACCUUCCGAUGCGCUCCCCCGAGGAGCAGGACGCGACGCCCGACGUCGAGACAGCGGACCUGGAGGCCGCCGUGGGUUUCAUUCGCUCGGGGAGUUGCUACGCUUCGCAGAAGAUGAAGGUCAUCGUAGGGGCUCCCCGCUGGGAGGGGCGAUUACUCAUCCAUAAAGCGCUGCGGGCAGAGGACGUUGCGACCCGCCGCAAAGGGGUAGCGCCAGCGGGCUGGCUCGAGGACGAAGUGGGCCACCGGCUGGAGACGAUCAGCGAGGGCGGCCUUGUAGAGCCAGGCUCGGAGUUAGGCUUCUUCUACGACCCCGAUCUGGAGCUCUUCAAGCGCUGGCACCAGCUGGGCAUAUGGUACCCCUUCUACCGCGGCCACGCACACCUGGAGACGAAGCGGCGGGAGCCGUGGGUGCACGGCGACGAGGUGACGUCCAUGAUCCGCGAGCAGGUAACGGCGCGCUACCAGCUGCUGCCCAUGUGGUACACCCUCUUCGCGGAGUGGUCCAUGGCCGGGCGGCCCGUGCUGCGGCCGCUCUGGUUCCACGACCUGGCGGACACCAAGGCCUUCGUCCACUCCGACACCCACUUUCUCGUUGGGGAGCAGAUCUUGGUGCGCGCCGUGACGGAGAAGGGGGCGCCGAGCCUCAACGUGUAUUUACCCAAGGGCGAUUGGUACGACUACUGGGAGCCGCACGCGGGGGUGACCGUGGGCGGCGCCGAGUCGGCGGUGGCGCUGCACCCGGGCCGCGUGCCCGUGUACGUGCGCAGGGGCACCGUGCUGCUGAAGAGGAUGCGGCGGCGGAGGAGCAGCGGCGCCAUGGCUGCGGACCCGUACAGCAUCUUCGUCUACGGGCCCCUCUCCAGGGGCCGCGUCUACAUCGACGACGGGAGCAGCCACAACUACCAGCAGGGCGACUUCCUCUACGAGGAGCUCAUUUUCGACGGCAGCACGCUCAGCGAGGCGCCGGCCCCGCCGCUGCCGGCGGCCGCGGCGCCCUCGCAGGGUGCGCCUGGCAUCCCGGACACCCACCUCCGCGUCGAGCGCGUGGUCCUCUACGGGCUUGCGAGCGAGCCAACGGGCGCCGCGCUGGAGUGGCAGGGCGGCGCGGCGGAGCCGGGGCCGCCGGAGCGGCUGCAGAUCUCCGCCCGGAAGGCCGGAGACGGCUGGACAGCGACCAUCAAGAAGCCUCCGUGCCUGCUCGGCAAGCGGUGGGCGAUCCGGCUGGCGUACUGA